AGUUCCUUCUGCCAAACUAACCAUGGCUGGUACAGGUGGUCCAGUGGCCACUUUCUCUGUGUGGGAUUAUGUGGUGUUUGCUGGAACAAUUUUGGGGGCAGCUGGCAUCGGCCUUUUCCAGGCCAUCCGAGGCCGUAAGGAGACAAGCAGCGCCGAGUUCUUGCUGGGUGGACGGCAAAUGACAGCUGUGCCGGUGGCCAUGUCACUCACUGCCAGCUUCAUGUCUGGCAUCACAGUCAUUGGCACACCUACUGAGGCCUACCGGUUUGGAGCCGCAUUCUGGCUCUUCGGCUUCUCCUAUGCCAUCAUGUCCGUCAUCACUGCUGAGAUUUUUGUCCCUCUUUUCUAUAGACUGGGGAUCACCAGUGCCUAUGAGUACCUGGAGAUGCGCUUUAGCCGGCCCAUUCGGGUCAUUGGGACAUCAAUGUACAUAGUACAGACGGCCCUGUACACCGGAUUAGUCAUCUAUGCUCCAGCUCUUGCACUAAAUCAAAUCACAGGACUUGAUCUAUGGGGAGUGCUGGUGGCUACAGGAGUGGUGUGCAUCAUCUACUGCACUUUGGGCGGACUGAAAGCUGUCAUCUGGACAGAUGUGAUACAGAUGGGGAUCAUGCUGGCAGGUUUUGUGGCUGUUAUAACUAGAGGAGCUGUACUUCAGGGAGGCCUGACAAAUAUUUGGGAAGACGCCAGGCAAGGAGGACGACUAGAGGCGUUUGAUUUUGACACAGAUCCUCUGAAGCGACACACUUUCUGGACAAUAGUAGUCGGUGGCAGUAUGAUGUGGGUAUCUAUCUACUCAAUCAACCAGUCUCAGGUGCAGCGCUACAUCUCCUGCAAAACCUUGGGACAUGCCAAGAUGUCUUUGUAUGUGAACAUGGUGGGCUUGUGGGUAACUGUGAGUCUGGCUGUGUUUUCCGGACUUACCAUGUACUCCAUUUACAAGAACUGUGACCCACUUACCAACGGUGAUAUAAGCACCCCUGACCAGCUGCUACCCUACCUUGUGAUGGAUAUUCUGGCAGUCUACCCUGGAAUUCCUGGUUUGUUUGUGGCUGCUGCAUACAGUGGUACCCUGAGCACAGUGUCUUCCAGCAUUAAUGCCCUAGUUGCUGUCACUAUGGAAGACUUUAUUCAUCCACUGUGCAAAAACCUCACAGAGAAACAGGUGACCUGGUUGAACAUGGGCCUGAGUGUAUUCUUCGGUGCCCUGUGUAUUGGGAUGGCUGGAGUUGCUUCAGUGAUGGGAAGCGUUCUGCAGGCAGCUCUGUCCAUAUUUGGCAUGAUCAGCGGGCCUCUUCUUGGACUUUACCUUUUAGGCAUGCUAUUCCGCACAUCAAAUUCAAUAGGAGGACUUGUGGGAAUGAUUAUUGGUCUAGUGUUGACUCUCUGGGUGGGGAUUGGAGGCCAGAUUUACCCACCAACAGAUGAAAAGACAAAACCUCUUGGAGUCAGCACUGUAGGCUGCAAUGUCACAAUGGACCAAAACUACACAACGACAGCUCCGUGGACAAGUCCAGUGACUCUAACCCCGCAGCCUGAUGUCAGGCCAUAUCUGGCAGACUCCUGGUACUCUUUGUCCUACCUCUACUUCUCUCUCUUGGGUACACUGACCACAAUUGUGUCUGGGCUGCUGGUGAGCAUGAUCACAGGUGGAUGCAAGCAAGAAAAAUUAGACUCUAAUCUGUUUGUGAGGAAGAGUGACCUGAUCUGCUUCAGCAGCUGUAUUAAGUCAAAGGUAUCAGACGUCACAAAAAAGGCUGCAACAGACUUUCCUAUGGAAGCUGACGACUCAGUGUUCACAGACUUUGACGUGAUGAGUAAAGAUGUUGAAAAAGCCACUAAACUGUAAUCCUUAUAUAUCAACAUGUAGUUCCUUUGUGGAUACAUUUUAAUGCCAUUUCAUUUUAUAAACACAUAAAUGAUAAGCCACAACUGUUUUGCUUCUACAUCCACCGUAGUUGUGUAGCUGUGGUACAUUUGAUUUGCAAAACCAAUUGUAACUCUAUCAUCAGUAUGUGCCUAUUUAUGUUGAUAUAAAUUAUGUUUUAAAUGUGUUACUAAAGUUGAAAAUAUUUAGAUUUUACAUGUAGGAGAACAACUUCUUAUAAAGCUUGGCAAAAAUGAAACUGUAGAAUGAUAUACUUGAAAUUAUAUAAUUAUA